GACGGGCCCGACUGGGCCGGAAACUGAAAGGAGGAAGGGACGACUAUUAAAGAAGAGCUCGAGCUGCACGGGGCAGUCUCAGCUACUCAAGUGCCCGGUGGGACCAGUGGCCACCUCUGCAGUGUCUCCUGCAACCUUGUUUUGUCUGGACGGCUGAGCAAAUCUCCCAGCACCCUAGCCGGCUGUGGCCUUAGGUCCCGGAAAAUGGCAGAUGUGCCCAACGGCGAGCAGGGGUGCAGCUCCCCGCUGGAGCUAUUCAACAGCAUAGCUGCUCAGGGGGAGCUCGUGAGGUCCCUCAAAGCCAGACACGCGGCAAAGGAUGAAAUUGAUUCCGCAGUAAAAAUGUUGUUAUCCUUGAAAAUGAGCUACAAAGCUGCAAUGGGGGAGGAUUACAAGGCUGACUGUCCUCCAGGGAACCGGGCGCCAGGGAUUGACAGUGGCCUGGAUGCCACAGAAGCAGGAGACGAUUUUGUGGACCCGUGGACAGUACAGACAAGCAGUGCAAAAGGCAUCGACUAUGACAAGCUCAUUGUUCGGUUCGGAAGCAGUAAAAUUGACAAGGAGCUGAUAGACCGGAUAGAGAGAGCCACUGGCCAGAGGCCACACCGCUUCCUGCGCAGGGGCAUCUUCUUCUCACACAGAGAUAUGAAUCAGGUGCUCGAUGCCUAUGAAAACAAGAAGCCGUUUUAUCUGUACACGGGCAGGGGCCCGUCUUCCGAAGCAAUGCACGUGGGUCACCUCAUCCCGUUCAUCUUCACGAAGUGGCUGCAGGAUGUGUUCAACGUGCCCUUGGUCAUCCAGAUGACGGACGACGAGAAGUACCUCUGGAAGGAGCUGACCCUGGAGCAGGCCCACGGCUACGCCGUGGAGAACGCCAAGGACAUCAUCGCCUGCGGCUUCGACGCCAACAAGACUUUCAUCUUCUCCGACCUUGACUACAUGGGGAUGAGCCCGGGCUUCUACAAGAAUGUGGUGAAGAUUCAGAAGCACGUUACCUUCAACCAAGUGAAAGGCAUCUUCGGCUUCACCGACAGUGACUGCAUUGGGAAGAUCAGCUUCCCCGCCAUCCAGGCUGCUCCCUCCUUCAGCAGUUCCUUCCCGCAGGUCUUCCGAGACCGGACGGACAUCCAGUGCCUCAUCCCGUGUGCCAUCGACCAGGACCCGUACUUCAGGAUGACCAGAGACGUGGCCCCCAGGAUCGGCUACCCCAAGCCCGCCCUGCUGCACUCGACCUUCUUCCCUGCCCUGCAGGGGGCCCAGACCAAAAUGAGCGCCAGCGACCCCAACUCCUCCAUCUUCCUCACGGACACGGCCAAGCAGAUCAAGACCAAGGUCAACAAGCACGCGUUUUCAGGAGGCAGGGACACCAUCGAGGAGCACCGGCAGUUUGGGGGCAACUGCGACGUGGACGUGUCCUUCAUGUACCUGACCUUCUUCCUGGAGGAUGACGACAGGCUCGAGCAGAUCAGGAAGGAUUACAGCAGCGGGGCCAUGCUCACGGGCGAGCUCAAGAAGGUGCUCGUAGAGGUGCUGCAGCCCCUGAUCGCCGAGCACCAGGCCCGGCGCAAGGAGGUCACGGACGAGGUGGUGAAAGAGUUCAUGACUCCCCGGAAGCUGUCCUACGACUUCGAGUAACCCUCUUUUAUGCACACGGUCUAAGAGACGUAAUUUACCAAUAAUCCCAGCCUAGUCGAAUCACCGCUACCCCCAGACUCUGCCACACGGUAAUUGCUGGCCGGGCGUCUGCAAGCCCUGUGUGUGGAUCGGGGCUGUCCUUCUGUCUCCUGUGAGCACGACCCCGUGGGGCACCUGGGUGCCGGCUAACACCCCGUGGUCACACCGAUCAGUCCAGCUGGAGUCUCUCCCACAAAAGCGGCCCCCAGGGCGUGGGGCAGGGUGUCGGCUGGGCAGCCCGUGCUGGUCCGCCGGACUCCUCCCACACGCAGACGCGCUCCUCCACUUGCUCUGUGAAAGAAUGUGUAGUCUGGGUAUGUCUAUCUGGCAUCAUAUACGAUCCUAAAACUAAAAAGUGCUUUGAAAAGUUGAUGGGAAAGUUGAAUGGGCGUAAGAUGCAUUUUAGCCCAUGUCCCCCCCAAAAAAAUUUAAAAAGAAUUACUGGCUAAAAGCUUUGCUCUGCAGGUGACUAGAUCUCUCAUCCUGAAAGCUGCCUAUUCGCCCUUUCUCAGAAUUGGCCAGUUGUUAUUGAGUCUUUUGUGGGUGAAACUUGCUGAUCCCCUCGCUAAACUCCAGACUGUGCAUGUACUCGACUCCAGGAAUCAACUACUAAUGUUUGUUUCCACCAAAUAAUCCUAGACACUCCAUCCCGAAACCAAUGGCUGUUUUACUCUGAUGGGCCUGAUCCUGAGGGGGUCUGUUACCUUUGCAGAUGCUUUUGUUUUGACACUUGACUGGCGUGGAAGUCUGCACAGAGCAGUGCCCUGCCUGUGUCCCCAGACGGGUGGACGUAGCUAGACCGCAUGCAGCCGCCCUCCGGGCCCUCGGCGGGGCAUCUGCUGGAGGCCCAUUUAAUCGUGCGUCCUGGGUGGUUUCGGAAAAGCAGAAGACCCCUCUUGGGUCCAAGUAUCUGUCCCCUCUGCAGGCGCAGGGCCCACUCCCGAGUGCCCAACUCUGGUCUCACUCGUGACAAGUAAACUUCCUUCGUUCC